CCUAAAUGCAUAACAAACUGGUACCUAACUAAGGCGCCUUGGUUUGUAAACUAGGUUUGUAAAUUAUGAUGACGGAUCAUCUUAAACUCUUAGAUUUCACAUUCGUUAAUUCUUGGUGCUUGGAGUUCCUUGUCCUUAGUUGAUCGGAAACUGCUCAACUUUAAAACAAAAUAUGGCCAGCAAGUCGUCAGAACCAGGAGAGGCCAAGUCCAGUGAGACGAAAAUAGAGGCCGAGAAUUACGAAGAUGCCGAAGAGUUCAUAGCUCCCGAAAAGUUCCCCCCUGAAGAAGAAGCGAGUUUACUAGGAGAGUCCAACGAGAAGAAGUCGGAAGCGAACGCGCUAUUCUCCUCGGCCAAGUACGAGAACGCCAUCACGAAAUACGAAGAAGCUACUUCCGUCUGCCCGCACUACCUCGACUACGAGAUCGCGGUCCUGAAAUCCAACAUCGCGGCCUGCCAUCUGAAGCUCGAGCAAUGGAAGGACGCCAUCAAGACAGCUACCGACUCCAUCGAGGGCCUGGACCGUCUAGAGAAAGCCGAGGCCAGCCAGGCGCAAAAAGAAAAAGAAGGGAAGGAGCAAGAUAAGAAGAAGACUGCGGAAGAAGACGAUGAUGAAGUGGAGGAAGAGAUCAUCAGUUCCGGGGCGCAGAAGAGUGCUCCCGCCGCGAAAGACGAAACUGCUGCCGAAACAGCGAGACGCAAACGACAGGAAGAUAUCCUCAGAAUCCGAGCGAAGGCUUUGAUGCGGCGAGCGAGGGCAAGAAGUGAACUGGGAGGAUGGUCGAAUUUGAGCAGCGCCGAAGAGGACUAUAAGACUCUGUCGAAGAUGACAAAUCUUGGUCCGGCCGAUAGAAAGAUUGUCCUAGCGCAGCUAAGGACCUUACCUCCUCGAACCAAGGCAGCCCAGGAAGAGGAGAUGUCGGAGAUGUGGGGGAAACUGAAGAAUCUUGGGAACGGGAUACUGAAGCCAUUUGGCCUCAACACCGACAAUUUCCAGAUGGUCAAAGACGAAAAGACUGGCGGCUACAGCAUGAACUUCUCGCAGAACGGCCCACCGCAAUAAACUGAACGAACGUUGAGUAUGAUUACCUAUAGUACGUAGUAGCAAGUCUUGGGCGCCCACCUUCGAAUAGUAGUAUGCUUACCUAGAUAGCUUUGAUUUUUGUCCAUAUACCCAAGUUUAUCAAUCAUAUAACUAUCGAGAGGCUACUUACGACUUAUAAAUUUAUGGAUGCUUGGUCAUCCUCUCCCCUGUAUGCUCUAACAAUAUUUCCCCCGUAGCUCUGAAGCUAGGUAAUGGGCAAUUCCACAAAAAGCCUCCAUAUUGCUCUACACGUGUAUAGCAAGCGUGUAAU